GAAAGGACAUUGAAAUUAUGAUUAUAUAUUGGACAAUCUUUUUGUUUUACGCCAAUUUAGGUUGUGCACUUAACAAGGAUGUAAUCCAACCAGACCCUGUGAUAGUUACACAACUGGGACAAAAUGUAUCUCUCACUUGCUUUUUUCAAAUUGAUUUGAUGAUCAGAGUCUCUUGGUUCAAGCAAUCUGUUGGACAGAAGCCUCUUCUCAUGGCAUCAUCAUAUUAUCUCUCUAAAUAUAGUUUUACCAAGGACUAUAAUGAGACUAAACGUUUAAGUGUGAAGAGAGGAAUUGACAGCUUUAACCUGACCAUCUCAAAGACAGAGUCAGGGGACUCAGCUAUAUACUACUGUGGUGCUAUGGAAGUGGGCCAAGUCACAUUUGGAGAAGGAACAUUUUUAAUUGUCAAAGAUUCAGGGUCCAACAGCAUGUCUGUGCUCCAGCAGCCUUUGUCUGAGUCAGUUCAGCCAGGAGACUCUGUGACUCUGAACUGUACAAUACACACUGAGACCUGUGCAGGAGAACACAGUGUCUAUUGGUUUAGGCAAGGCUCAGGAGAAUCCCGUCCAGGAAUCAUUUAUACCCUUAGAGACAAGAGUGAUUGGUGUGAGAAAAGUCCAGAGGCUUGUCCUCCUACACAGAGCUGUGUCUACAACCUCCCCAAGAGGAACCUCAGCCUCUCUGAUGCUGGGACUUACUACUGUGCUGUGGCCUCCUGUGGGGAGAUACUGUUUGGGAACGGGACCAAGCUGGAUGUUGAAGUUUCAGACCUGUUGGGUGAUAAGAGUAAUCUUAUUUUCUUCGUAUUUAUAUCUGGCCUGACAACUGCUGUGAUUCUGAGUGUGGUUGUCAACAUUAUCCUCUGUGUGAUAAUGAAGAGGUCACAAUGUGAACACUGUGCAGCGGGGACCCCUUUUCAGCAAAGCCACUAUGGGAAUCCUCAUGCCAACACCUCAGACCAACAGCUCCACGGUGACGAUGAUGGCCUGAACUAUGCUGGCCUAAAGUUCACUGACAAGAAGCCCAGGAGACAGUGGAGAGAACAGAGAGAGGAAGAAACCAUCUACUCUGGUGUGAGUCAUCAAGUCAGGAUGUGACAGUCCUCCAAUCAGCAUCAUUUUAAGUUGAGCCCUACUGACCUCCACUUUGAGCUAGACUGUGUCUGUGUGACUUGGCUGUUUUGAGCAUUCCUCAUUUGCUGUCAAAUGUAAUAGUCGGGUCUAGCUGAAGAGACUGCCACUGCAUUGUAAAAUUCUCCUAAUAACGACAUAGAAUCCCUCAGAUGCAGAGCAUAAGUGUCCGGCAAGUGUGAAAGAUGAUUCUAGGAUGGUUUCAGAAGUCUCAAAUCCUCACCAAUAGUGGCUGAGGUUGACUGACUGGAUCCAUUUGUUUUUUUGUAGAAGUGUACAACAAAAUGUUUAGAAUGAUUUACAAAUGUCUGAACUCUUCCUUUGAUGAUAUUAGUUGUAACAUGGAACUCUGUAACCUGCCUAUAUGUGUGUGUGACAGUUCAAUAAACACUUUAUUUUG